AUGAUAACUCGCAUGCAAUGCAAAGACUACAAAACAGUAUACAAGCACAGCAAUGGAUCACUAAGACGCGCUUUAUUCACUGGUCUCUAUCAGGGAUUUGGCCCAACAGUACUUUCCGGCAUCCCUGCUUCAGCCGCAUUCUUCGCAACAUACGAGGUUUCAAAAACAUCAUUUGAAAGAGCGCAGCGUGCUGGAUAUUUGCCAGGCGUUCCGAAGUCAAUAUUCCAUGCUAUCAGCAGCGCGACGGCCGAGCUUGUUUCUUGCGCAAUCCUCAACCCUGCCGAGGUAUUGAAGCAAAAUGCCCAGGUUUCUCAACAAUCCGCAAAUUCGCCAAAAGGAGGUCCGUCCACCUCACUUGAAAUGUUGAAGCAUUUCUAUAAGCAACCAUCGGCAUUGUGGUCGGGAUAUUGGAUGCUUGUUGCUGGCCAACUUCCUAGUAUCUGUCUGACCUUCUGCUUGUACGAGUCCUUCAAAGAAUCGCUAUACGAGAAACAACCCCAAUUCGCCGAUACAACCAUGGGACAAAUCAAAGCUAGUGUUUCAUGUGCUGGUGUUGCUGGAGGCUGUGCUUCUUGGUUCUUUGUUCCAAUUCACGUUGUCAAAACACGGAUGCGGUUGGCUCUGGGAGAUGAGAUGCGACCUCGUUCCUCAGUGGAUAAAGUCGGACUUGGAACUGCUGAGAUCCACUCUUCCUGCGAGUAA